AGCAAUAACAAUAAUAACGAUAAUGUGUACACGUAUCAUGUAUAUUCGCAUGUUCUUUUUUUGUUAACAUAUCUAAAAUGCUUAUUAAGCUUAUUUAAUUAA